AUGCUUCAAAAAAGUUUUUUUCGUUUUUUUCGUUGCACGAGAAUAACGCAUGCCACACUUCAUGCGAGCGAAAUAUCUACACCAGAACGAUCUACCGUUAAUUCAAAGAAUCGAAAGGAGCUAAAGACACCGCUUUGCAUCGAAUUAAUUAGCAAAAUGUCUUCACAGGGCUACUUCCCGAUGUCACAGUUUGUAAAAGAAUGCCUGACUCACCCACAACACGGAUAUUACACCGCAAAAAAGCAUGUUAUUGGUAGCGAAAAGGCUGAUUUUAUUACGGCAGCCGAGAUACCAUUCUUUGCCGAUGUAAUUUCUGCUUGGAUCAUGGAUGCCUGGCAGAAAAUGGGGACACCCAGGGCUUUUCAUUUAAUUGAAUUAGGCCCUGGCAGGGGUACGCUCAUGAAAAACAUCUUGAAGCAGACCAAAUACUCCAAUCCUCACUUACUUCACUUUUUACAGAUUCACCUUGUGGAAGUUGGGGCGGCUCGUAUGGAGGAACAGAAAAGCACCCUUGCUGAGUU